AUGUUGCCUUUGUAUUGCAACAAAUGCCUUAAAAGGCGCACUGCUGAUCCCGCAACACCAUUUCACCUAUCGCGUUGUUAUCACAUUGUUUGCAGCGUUUGCCUUAAUGGAGGCCCAGCUGGCGAAAAGCAAUGCCCGGUUUGUGAUCGCCGGUUCGAAGGAGUUGUUCUUACCCGUAACAUGCCCAGCAAUAUUUCCCACUAUUUCGAGGAUCCGCGCAAGUACCUGGAACUCUACAGGAAGAUCAGCAAGUUUCAAAGCGAACAAAACAAAUACUAUAUGAAGGUGGUCGAUUCGAAAAUGCAACGUUUGCCGGAUCUUUUACUGACGUUAAACGGCUACAUAAAACUUGAGACACAGUUGCGUCAACAGUUGGCCAAUGAGAACAACCGCAUUGGGGAGUUACGCAAAUAUAUUGCCUUCUACCAGCGGGGCAAUGGAGGCCCACUUCAUAAUACAAGUUUCUGUUCCAGUAUUAAAGCUUUAUCUAAGCGAGCGAUACGACCCCGAACACCGUCAAUGAACUCCACUAUGACAGACACUGGUCAAAACAGUAGCUUUGGUGCUGUCGUGGACCCCAAAUAUACACAAGCCAGAACGUCUACACCUGUGUCGCAUAAAAAAAAGAAAAUAAUAGUGGCUAAGCGCCGCCAUAACACAGAUUUUGAUAUUUAAACUAUUAACAUGACUAGUAUAAUUGGAACCCCAUAGUAACCAUUUAGGGAAAACAAUUUUUGUUAAUGUUAUUUUAGUCUUA